CGCCUUUAUAAGGAGCGCGGGUGGCGCCGGCGCGAGAACUUUAGUUUGUUUGUGUUUGGUUCGGCAGCUGCAAGUGGCGAGGCGAGGCUGUGCCGAGAGAGCACGGGAGCCAUGGAUCGGAGCGCGGGUGUAAGUGUGGCGCGACGACGGAGGGGUGGAAUGACUGAAUGAAUGAGAAAGAGUGUUCGGACUGGAGGGCUGUGGAGAUGCCGCUUUCCAGUGGCGCGCGUUGCCUAACUGAGCGGGAUCUCGCGGGAAAUAAGGGAGAGCCCAAGCACAGCCAUGCGGCUGUUUCAGUGGUAAUAAUCACAAUAGUAAUCGUGUUGGACGUGGGUGACGCCUCCGCUUCUCCUAGAGGCGAAGAGAUGGGAGCGCGCUCAUUCGUCUUUGCAAGCAAAUCUGCUUCUGAGCUUCUAAGGCUCCUAGGGACUCUAACAAUAAAGCAGAUUCUCGCCCUUUGGCAGUAGAUCGGGACUGCACCUUGCAAUAAUAGCCGGCGCAGUAGCCUUGCAAGAGACUGUAGAAAAGUCGCCCCCGGACUUUUCCCUCUUUUUUAAAGCUGGGGGUCGAGGCGGCCGUGGAGCGCGUGCUCGUGCACCCUUCCGUGCGUCCUUUUUUCAGUUUCCCUUAGGGAGAAAUUCCAUGGACAGGAACGCGACUUGCUUGCACGUAAAUGUGCGCGAGUUGGGGUUGGCGGUUUGAGAUCUUCCCCACAACGCAAUAAUAAGUAGAAUCGUAGAUGGACCUCUGGCGGGGUGCGCGCGUGGUUUGCAGCCCGAGGAACCUGUUGCGGUGGGAAGGGCAUGAAUCACUUAACUAAAACGGCAGCUUGCCCUUAAAAAAAGCCUCAUGUUUACAUACUGCCCCCAAAAAAACCCAAACUUUUUUUUGGCAUGCCUUCUGUCUCUGUUAGGCUUGAGAGCCAGUUACGGGAGAAAGCAGCUCACCACCACCCCUUUGCUUGUUUAUAGCUGCAUCCUAUUGAAUUCCGAAGGAUUAUUCUGCGGCGAAACUUUGGCUGUGGCUCUCCCGUCUUCCCUGCGCGCGGUUAGAAACGCGGUGACUUCGCUUUGGCUGUACAAAGCGAGGAAAAGUUAGAAGGUGGAUCGAGCGCGUUUGAGCACUCUUGAAGCCGCCUUGCCUUUCCAGUUCUCUUCAGUCGUAAGCUUGCAUUGCUACAAAACCAGAGGAAUGGUGCAGAACUCGCUGAAGACAGUGGGAACUCAUAUUUAGAAAUGGGCUAUGUCUACUCAGAAGUGAGCCCUGCCUUAAUUCAGUGGAGUUCACUCCCAGAUUAGAGGGUUUAGGACUGCAGCCUUUCGUCAUUAUGAGCAGUAACGAUUUCUUCUUAAGUUUACCUGUCCCAAGUUAAACACGCAGCGGGAUCUGUAUGAUGGAUCCGUUUAAGACUGGGGAGGUGGAGCCAAAGGGUGGCGGAGGUUAGCUAGAGGAAUAUUGUGAUUUGUGUAAGUUUGCUUGGAGGGUAUAUCACACCAGGUGGUCAAUGGCUGUUUAGAAUCAUCAAAUUGUAGAGUUGGAAGGGACCCCAAGGGUCAUCUAGUCCAACCCCCUGCAAUGCAGGAAUCUCAACUAAAUCAUCCAUGACAGAAUAAUACCAACUUUAGUUGUUAGCUAAAUGGGUAACAGAUUUGGUUCAAAAGAUUACUUAACAUUCAGCAAAGGAUUUCUAGACCUCAGCAAAAAUUCCUGAAUAAGUUUUUGAGCCCUUGCAUGCUUGGAGAUGUGAAGAUCUAAAGGGUCCUAGUUCAUUUGCAGUUUGAACAUCUGUGUUCAGCUUGGGGAAGAGAUUUCUCUGUUGGAAAGCAAUGUUGGCGCUUCAGGUUUGAUCCAGGAUGGCCUCCUUUUUAAAAGUUGUUAAAAAUAAAUAAAUCUGUGGCCCAAAUAAAAAGAGAUGUGCUUUGAAUUGGCCUACAAAGUUGCUUGAGUUCUGUUGAAGUGUGAGAGCAAAGAUUGUGCAAGAGAUGCAGAGGGUGGAGGGAUUCUCAAAGUCUUGGGUAGCAGCAGCUGUGCCCAGGUAGCCACUCCCUCCCUUGGCUGUUAUUCGCUGUCUGAGUGUUCAAACGGCUGGUGGUUUCCUGAGAUGCCCUUCUCAUGUCACAAGCUUGUGCAAGAGACUGGGGGAAAAACCUCAAUGCCUGAGGGGGCAGGCUGUACCUAGAUGGCCACGCCCUCCCCUUGCUUUUCUUUCCCUGUCUGCUUGGCUGGUGGUUUCCUAAGAUGCCCUUUCUCUUGCUACUUCUCUUUUUUUCUUCUGUUGGCGGGCAAAAUUGAAAAAUAUCCUUUCCCUCCAACUGACACGCAGUCCUAUGCAACAGCCACGGGGGAACAGUAAUCUAAUGAGGACUUAGGCUUGUCCAUUUUGCCCAACAUCCUUAUUAUUCUCUGCCCCCUCCUCUAGUGUGUGUGUGUGUGUUUGCUCAACAUCCAACCCAGUGAGUUUCCAUUAAGUCACAGGUUUCCCCACUUCAUUGUAACUUGUUAGUAGGCCCUAAUAAAGGUCCUUUGAGUUGGCCCUAUGGAUGUUCUUGGAUUUUCCUCUUAAUGGAUCAGUAAUCCAUUAUCCCUUUCCUAGACUGCUCCAGGUCAUAUUAUGUGAAACUGUAUAGCACAGUGCUCUGCAUGGCUAAUGAAAACUUUGUAUAAAAACUUUGCUUCAGGUUCAUAAAAAAAUUUUCUGACCAGCAUUUUAUUCCAUAGAGGAAAUACUGAAGGGAGUCUGGAUGUUUGCUUUCAUAUCCCAAGUUGAAGCUCUAGUGGGUGGCUUUUGUAAAUCCAUUAUAAUGCCUACUUCUGUUUCAAAAUUAGUUUCUUCUUGUCAUUAAGAUAAAUAGGGAACUAAUGUUCAUUUUUCUACUGUACAUCUGGGAAUCACUUCAGUCAUGAUGACUUGACUUCAUAGAUAGCACUUCCAUCUAGAAAAAACCCUACAGACCACAUGUGAUCCCCAUUGUGUAUUAUUUUGUUCAUAGCCUACACAUAGAUGCAAUGGAAAGCAGUGAUUGACAGUAUUGCAAGUAUAUCACAUGUGCUCUGAUCUAACUUGCCUGUAACAGUUGUCACCUGUUGCACUAUGUGCACAUGAUUUGCAAGAUUUUAUCUAGUGAUCCAUGAAGGAAAUUCCUUGUGUUUGAAGAACAGCGGGGAAAGAAAUUGAAAAAUUCCAAAUUAGUCUGGAACUAAUUUGCGCAGCUAGUUUCCAUUUCUUAUCUUGAAAGAUUCAUGUUUUCUUCCUAGUUUUUGGUUAGGUCACUGACCGUUCUUGGAAACUAAAAUAUGUGGUCUAUAUGUUAAGAAAAAUUGAAAGUUUACAAAAAGGAACUAGGCUGUUAUUGUUUAUAGUUGCAGAAUUAGGAGCUUUAAAGGCAGAAUGACAGAACCCUUGGGUACACUACAGUAGCAAAGCAUAAACAAUUAAAAGAGAACCUUCCUUGUCUGUUGCAACUAAUGAAAGUAUAAUAAAUGUUCUCAAAAGCACUGCUUCCAUCACUCUAAUUUCCCUAAAAGUCAUAGAAGAAAAGACUGACUGUUAGUGGCUUAAGGUCACCUCGAGGUACUCUUGAGGAUUUGAAUCCUGGUUGCCAAAUCUAAGGUGCUAUCUGCUAUACAACAUUGACGCUUGCUGCUAGUGAGUGUACACUAACUGUGAGCUCUCUCGCUGUCAUCUAACUAGUUUUUGUUCUUUUAAUUCUUCUACAGCUGUCUUCUGCAUACUUUUUUGACCUUUCUGACAAUAGUACCGAUGAGACCGGCUCUGGUGACGAUGGCAACUACCAAGGAGAAGCAUGUUUUGGACAGGAGAACGCCGAUUUCAACCGGAUCUUCUUGCCCACAAUCUUCUCCAUCAUUUUCUUGACAGGAAUCAUUGGCAAUGGCUUGGUUAUUGUUGUCAUGGGCUAUCAGAAGAAGCUGAAGAGCAUGACUGACAAGUAUCGAGUACAUCUCUCAGUGGCUGACCUCCUGUUUGUAAUCACUUUGCCCUUCUGGUCUGUGGAUGCCGUGAUCGGCUGGUACUUCGGCAACUUCUUGUGCAAAGUAGUCCAUUGCAUUUAUACGGUCAACCUCUAUAGCAGUGUCCUGAUCUUGGCCUUCAUAAGCUUAGAUCGAUACUUGGCAAUUGUGCAUGCAACCAACAGCCAGAGACCCAGGAAGUUGCUGGCGGAAAAGAUCGUCUACAUUGGUGUCUGGCUGCCAGCUCUGCUUCUGACUGUGCCCGAUAUCAUCUUUGCUAGCACAAAGGUCACUGGUGAGCCAGGUGUAAAAUACGUAUGCCAGCGAUUUUACCCUCACGAAACCUGGACAAUUUCCUUCAGGUUUCAGCAUAUUAUAGUAGGCCUCAUCCUGCCUGGUCUUAUAAUCCUGACUUGCUACUGCAUUAUCAUUUCCAAGUUGUCACAGUCAAAAGGCCAACAGAAGCGCAAAGCUUUGAAGACCACAGUCAUCCUCAUUGUUGCCUUCUUUGCCUGCUGGCUACCAUACUACAUUGGCAUCAGCAUAGACACCUUUGUCUUCCUUGGAGUCAUCCAGAACGGCUGUUACUUUGAGGAGGUUGUGCACAAAUGGAUCUCCAUUACUGAAGCCCUGGCAUAUUUCCAUUGUUGCCUGAAUCCCAUCCUUUAUGCUUUCCUGGGUGCCAAAUUCAAGACAUCUGCCCAAAAUGCUUUGACCUCUGUUAGCAGAGGCUCAAGCCUUAAGAUUCUCUCCAAAGGCAAGCGAGGGGGACAUUCUUCUGUUUCGACAGAGUCGGAGUCUUCGAGUUUCCAUUCCAGCUAACAAUAUAUUUUAUUUUCUCUCAAUAUUUGUAAAAUUGGGACUCUAUAUAUAUAUAUAUUUGUUCUACGUGAUUUUGGAGGUUGAACUCCUUCAAGAUAAUGUACAAGUUUAUUCCCAGACGGAAUGUUGUAUUUGCUUUUAGUUUUCUGUGGGAUUUAAUGGACUUAUUUAUAAAAUUAAAAACUGUACAUCUUGGUGAGUGUGUGUGUCUAGGAGGCAGGGCCUGAAUAUGUGGCUAGGAGAUAAAAGUUUUACUGCUUGUCUGUCUAGUUGUGCAGAUGUUGAAUAACGGUUGCGUUUGAGUUUUUUGUAUAUAAAAGAAGUAUUUUCAGUGUACUGGUUGAAAGAAGGCAUAAUAUUUUAUACGGAUAUUUAGGCCUCUGGCCCAGAUUGCAUAAGCUGUUUUGGUUUACACUAGUUUUAUUGCAUUGCAGAAAGUGGGUGCAAUCCCAGAAGGCAAAUAUCAAAAUGCAUAAAAUUGAAUGCAGCUGGAUUGCACCCAGUGACACUUACAACCAAAGUAUCUUCUUGUCAAGUGCUCUUUUGAUAGCAAAUUGGUUUGCAAAUCUUUUGCCAUUGUAAAGUUGUAAAUAAAAGUUUGUGAUAAAAGAAAACUA